AUGAAGUUAGGUAAAGAAACAAUUGCAUAAGUUUGUUUAUAAAGAUUUAUCUUUGUUUCUGUAUAGAUACAGAAAAAUUAGUAUUUUAUAUUUUGUUAUACUUAUUAAUUUAAAAUAUUUAUAUAUAUAUAUUAAUAUAAUUAUUAUUUUAAUUAUAAUUUCAUAACUCAGAUAUUUUGCAACAUGUUUGAAAUAUCAAAAUUCAAUAUGGAUAAAUUUAUACAUACAUUUAUGGAAAACUUAGGUUUAAGAAUUGAAGCUCACAAGAAAUUUAACAAAAUUACAUUUGUAACAAGUAUAAAUAAGUCUUGCAUAAUGAAGCAAUUAUAUUCUACGGAAGAAAUGAAAGAAAUUAAUGUACAACAAUAUUUGGAUUUUUCCAUUGAAAAAAAUAUAGAAUAUUUCGUAGAGAAACACGCUAAACUUUUUGAUAAAUUUACAUAUUUAAAUAAUACACAAAUUUUAACGUCUCACUUGAAGAAUAUUAAUACAAAGCUUCUUCACAAAAUAAGGAUAAAAAGGAAACAUGAUGGAACUAUUAGGAAAGGGGAAAUUAAAGCAUGGAACAAAAUUAUAAAAUUAAAGACAAAUUUAGCAAAAUUGAAUGGACCAAAGAACAAUUCAUUGGGAUGCAAUCAAAAAUAUGUAAAUUCAUAUAACUGUAAAAUAAAUAAAUGUAAAAAAGCUGCUAUAAUGGGAAAUUUGAACCCUUAUGAUAACACAGCAUUUAAUAAUCACAAAGAGGAUAAUAUUGUAGGAAUAGAUAAUGAUAAGCAAACAUCUUUUCUUAGACACAGUUUAUCAAAUAUUAUGAUAAGUACUACAAAUAAGCAAUUAGAAAUGGCUGAGAAAUUUUUAUGGUUGCAUAUAAAAGAUAUGGAAUACAUCAAAAGAAACAUAGAAAUUACUCUUCAUGUAGCAAAGAAUUCAAAGUAUAAUUAUAAGACAAAGAAUCAUACAGAUUAUGAUCAGGUACUUUGUUAUCAUGCAAUUCUGUGUUUAAUUGAACCAAGCAAAAGGGGUGCUGUUUUAAUGGAAGAUAAUUUACCAAUUGUUAUUAAAAAAUACCUCAUACAUGGAUACAGAUAUCAUUUUGAUUUUCAGAGAGGUUCAAAGGAUUAUUAUGCAGCUGUACUUAUUUUGAGUCAUUGGGCUAAAAUUCUAGUUAAACAUAUAAACACAACUAUGAUGCAUACAAUUUCUGCUAUAUUAGAAUGUGAUGUAGGAGAAAUAUUGGUUUUAUAUAGUCCAAAAGAGAAGUGAUUUUGAAUGUUAUUGUAUAGGAGGGAAAUUUACAAAAAAAAGAUGUUUAAUGUAAAUCUUUUUAAUGACGAUGAGAUUUAUAAAUGUAUUAAAUGAAAUAAAAAAAUGGUAAAUGAAGAGGUAGUGGAAUUUAAUAAGAAAUCACAACCAGUUUAUAAAAAUCCAAUUUUCCAACAGAAAUUUCGAUCUACUAGUGCCAC